CGACAUUUUCAGAUCACAUAUAAAAUGCUAAUUCCUUCUCUCAAAUCAUCUCUCUCUCUCUCUCUCCACAUUCUGGGUUUUCUCUAGACGGCUACCGGCGGACGCCAUUUUCAUUUCUUUUUUUUAUAUCGGUUUCUUGAAUCCGUUACGGAGGCUAUUUCGGAAGGUUUUAGAGUUUUUGAAAGUAAAUAAAUGGAGAAUAAAGAAAAUAAUUGCCUGGAUUUAGUCCCAAUCCCAGCCAAGGCAAACACCAUCCCACUGCCACCUCCAUUGCCUAAAUCUGCAACCAGUAGUCAUCUACAGAAGGGGUGGGUUUCAAAUGAAUCCUUGGAAAGGGGAUACAGCUGCGUCUCCACUGCAACAAGAGACCUUUGGGACGGCCUCUUUGACGAAGCAUAUGGAGCUGAUGUUUCUAUUCAUACGGAUCAUGGUGGCAUUAUAUAUGCACAUGCUUAUAUCCUCGGUAUGGCUUCUCCUGUGCUAAAAGGCAUGUUAAAGCAAUCAAAAAAGUCUGGAAGGAAACGUUUGGUAUCGAUCCAUGGAGUUCCACCUGAUGCUGUUAAAGUAUUCAUUAGAUAUCUGUACUCUUGCAGAUAUGAGAAGGAAGAAAUGGAGGAAUUUGUAUUGCCUUUGCUGAUGCUGUCUCAUGUAUAUGUGGUUCCCCAGUUGAAGAGGGAGUGCGAGAGGCAACUGGGUUGUGGUUUGCUGACACUUGAAAAUGUAGUUGAUGUUUUUCAACUUGCAUUACUGUGUGAUGCUCCCCGUCUCAGCUUUCUUUGCCACCGUAUGAUCCUAAAAAACUUCAAAGCUGUUUCUUCCUCCGAAGCAUGGCAAGCAAUGAAGCAAAGCCAUCCAGUACUCGAAAAGGAGCUUCUUGGAUCAGUGAUUGACGAAGACAAUAGGCAAAAGAAAAGAGUGAAGAAAAUGAAUGAAAGGAAGAUCUAUUUGGAACUAUUUGAGGCAAUGGAGACUCUUGUUCAUAUAUGUAGAGAUGGUUGUCGCACAAUCGGCCCACAUGACAAAGACUUCAAGGUGAACCAGCCGCCUUGUAAAUAUGCAGCCUGCAAGGGGCUGGAAUUACUUAUCCGCCACUUUGCAGGCUGCAAAUUAAGAGCCCCUGGUGGUUGUACCCAGUGCAAGAGGAUGUGGCAACUCUUGGAGUUGCAUUCUCAUCUUUGUGCAGAUUUUAAUCUCUGUAGAGUUCCUUUGUGCAGGAAUUUCAAAGACAGGAGUAAGAAACAGGGCAGGAAAGAUGAAAUUAAAUGGAAAUUGUUAGUAAAAAAGAUUCUAAGGACGAAGGGAGUAGCAAGAACACCAUUCUUUUUGACGACAGAAGCCAUAUAAUCAGAGGCCAGGGAUGAAAGCCUGUUUUUUUUUUUUUUUUGUAUAAUCAAAUUCAAUUUGUAAAAUUUCUGUUCUUUUGAUUGCCCAAUUUGUAUUCUUUGUUUACAUCACAGAUCAAGAAAUGAAAUCAAAAUCCAUACGACGACUAAGCAAAAUGAACUCUCGCAAUUUCCAUUUUUUCUCAACCAGAAUAACACUGAAACAAACCCUCGGUUUCUUUUCAACACUAUGCAAUUUCCACCUCUUGGGAUAAUAGAAAAAUCUUCGGAUCCCGAUGAAAUUAUGAUGUUAUCGUCGAAGGAGGCGGCGGAGACGCUACCGGCCGUCGAUGGUCCUGUUUUAUCAACGAAUCCUCUAAAUGAGGUAGAGGAGAAGUUCCUUUGGCUUGACAACCGAGCGAGUCGUUGCGAGAUUCUCUUUUGCUUUUAGGAAAAACACCACCGCCGUAAGAAACCGCCGCCGCCCACUCCGGCGUGUGAAAUACUGUCUCUCGACUCUCGUCAUCGGACAAUGGCGUCUCAAAUGAUGGGUUUACUAUCUGAUUUUGCGAGAGAGGAGGCAGUGGCUGCAACUCAGGGCUAAGAAGAUGAAAAUCCAAUUUAUUCACAGAAUCCACCCGCCGAUGCGGUGAAGAUUCAUCUUCUCCCUUUCCACCCUUCCGCUCGACGAUCGAGCACGGCCUCCGCUCCAUGGUUCCGAAAUUCAAGAAACUCGAUGGUGGGAUACCAGAAUCAUGCCGAAAACUCAGAGAACGCUCCUUCUCGACGAGCAUACGAGACUUGCAUCGGUACUUAAUCCGCUGCCGAUACAGAAAGAAGGCGAGCGCCGAGAGCAUUCCGAGAGUCACAAUCGCAACAGAGCAUACAAUCCCUAGAGUUUUGAUUGGUUUAAAAGUUUGUUGUGUCGACGACGGUAGAUUAGGUAGAGAGACAUUCGAAGGUGCAGGCGUAGGCUGGUCGGAAUUUGCAGACCUGAGCGGCGGCGGCGGAGACGGCGGAGACGAGAAUGUGGCAGGAUCUAAUGGGUAGUGCAAACUUCUU